AAUUAGGAAAUAAAAACAGAGGAAAAUAAGAAAGUAGAUUCCUUUAAAAUACUCGUAAUAAUUAACACUCUACAUAUCAUUAUCAGAAUUCCAGUAAGUUAGUUAGUGGCGGUGAAGAGAAUCAGAGAUGAGGGUGGGAGCAGUUAUAACUUUGAGUGGUGAUGAGGGAGGAAGCCGGAAGAUGAAGGUGUUAGGGGGCAAUACCGUCCUAACUGAUGUUCAUGAUAAUGUUUUCCUCACUAAUCAUUCAUCAACUAAUAAUAAUAAUAAUAGUGAUAAUGAUGGGGGGGCUUUCAUUGGCGUCCAUCAUCAGACCACCGGCAGUAGUAGUCGCAUGAUCUUUCCUGUCGGUAAACUCCACAGAGGAUUGAGGUUUAUGUGUGUGUUCCGCUUCAAAUUAUGGUGGAUGAUACAGAGAAUGGGCACAUUUGCUCAUGAUAUUCCUACCGAGACUCAGUUCCUUCUAGUUGAAACUACUCAUGAUGAUGAUGCUGACGGAUCUCCUCUCUACACCGUCUUUUUGCCCAUUCUGGAGGGUGAUUUUAGAGCUGCUCUCCAAGGAAAUUCCAACAAUGAAUUGGAGAUUUGCUUGGAAAGUGGAGAUCCUGAUGUCAAAGAUUUUCAAGGGACUCAUCUGGUUUUUGUGGCUGCUGGGUCAGAUCCAUUUGAUGUUAUCAACAACGCUGUCAAGAGCGUGGAGACACAUUUGCAGACAUUUUCCCAUCGUGAAAGAAAGAAGAUGCCAGACAUGUUAAAUUGGUUUGGUUGGUGCACAUGGGAUGCUUUUUACACUGAUGUUACAUCUGAAGGUGUCAAACAAGGCCUUGAGAGUUUUGAGAAAGGAGGAAUUUCACCGAAAUUUGUUAUCAUUGAUGAUGGAUGGCAAUCAGUUGGCAUGGAUCCCAGUGGCGUUGAAGUUAAAGCUGAUAAUACAGCCAAUUAUGCAAAUAGGCUGACUCAUAUUAAGGAGAACCACAAAUUCCAGAAGGACGGUAAGGAAGGUCACAGAGUGGAGGAUCCAUCCAUGGGACUUCGUCAUGUAGUUACAGACAUUAAAGACCAACAUAGAAUUAAGUACGUGUAUGUUUGGCAUGCGUUAACUGGAUACUGGGGUGGAGUGAGACCUGGAGUGGCUGAAAUGGAGCAUUAUGAUUCCAAGUUAUCUUUCCCGGUUCCAUCUCCAGGAAUUGAAUCCAUCAUCAACUGUGAUGCUUUUAAAGCCAUUGCCAAAAACGGGCUUGGUCUUGUUGACCCUGAAAAGGUUUUCAACUUUUAUAACGAAUUGCAUUCGUAUCUUGCAUCCGCUGGAAUUGACGGUGUCAAGGUAGAUGUACAAAACAUUCUUGAAACACUUGGAGCAGGCCAUGGUGGUCGGGUCAAACUUACAAGGAAGUACCAUCAGGCAUUGGAAGCUUCCAUUUCUAAAAACUUUCCCGAUAAUGGAAUCAUUUCUUGCAUGAGUCACAAUACAGAUGGUUUGUACAGUGCAAAGAAGACUGCGGUUAUAAGGGCAUCAGAUGAUUUCUGGCCUAGGAUUACGGCUUCACACACGGUUCAUAUUGCUUCUGUUGCUUACAAUACUAUUUUUCUUGGAGAAUUCAUGCAGCCUGAUUGGGAUAUGUUUCAUAGCUUGCAUCCUAUGGCUGACUACCAUGGUGCUGCUCGAGCUGUGGGUGGCUGUCCUAUAUAUGUCAGCGACAAGCCUGGACAUCAUGACUUCAAUCUAUUAAAGAAGCUUGUGCUUCCUGAUGGAUCGAUAUUAAGGGCCAAACUUCCAGGGAGGCCAACAAGGGAUUGCUUGUUUAUUGAUCCCAUCAGAGAUGGAAAAAGUCUGCUGAAGAUCUGGAAUCUGAACAAUUUUACCGGAGUUGUCGGAGUUUUUAACUGCCAGGGAGCAGGGUGGUGUGAAGAUGGAAAGACGAUCCUCAUCCACGAUGAGCAACCAGCCACCAUCUCCGGUAUUAUCCGUGCUAGAGAUAUCAAUUACUUGCCUAGAGUUACGGACACUACAUGGGCUGGAGAUACCAUUAUAUACAGUCACCUCGGUGGAGAGUUGGUGUACCUUCCAAAGAAUGCAUCUAUCCCAGUUACCUUAAAACCCAGACAAUAUGAGGUGUUUACAGUAAUUCCGGUCAAGAAAUUGUCAAGCGGGAUUACUUUUGCUCCAAUAGGUUUGACCGGAAUGUUUAACUCUGGAGGUGCGAUUGUGGAACUGAAAUAUGAGGAGGAGAAACAAGGAAAUGUGCAGGUGGGGUUGAAAGUUCGAGGUUGUGGUGCAUUUGGAGCAUAUUCCUCACAAAGACCGAUCAGAGUGACUAUCAAUUCGAUAGAAACGGAAUUUGGGUACGAAGAGGGAAGUGGAUUGAUUAGGAUUGAAUUGGGUGUUCCAGAAAAAGAGAUGUAUUUGUGGGACAUGAUCAUUCAAGUAUGAAGAAGUAAGCAAGCAGUGUUGGUGGCAAUGCAAGUGAUAAAUAAGCAGGCUUCAUGAGUUGAGAAUGCUCAUCAGCUCAUUCAUGGAAAGGUCAAAUUAAUUGAUUAUUUAUUAAGCAGUAGUCAUUGUUUAUUAUAUUUGUGUAGGGGAGUUAUUUAAAUUAGAGAGUAUUACUCUACGAUACUGUUUGAGCAUGAAAUAUCAAACUCAAUCACAGAUGAGAUUUAACCACGAAAACCAUUAUAAUCUCUUACCAAGUAGUGCAAACCUACUAAAUUCUUCGCGAA